GGUCCGAAUAUUGAGAUUUCGCAAUUGGAAGCGGACAUGUCACCCGCGCUCAUGGAUGUUUGGGACCUGUUUUAUUCGCCCUCUGGGUGUAGUCUAGAGAACCGAGUGAUAAGCUGCCGGAUCUUCCAAGCGGCUUCGUGAAGCCUUUUCAGUUAAGAUAGGUUUCACGAGAGCAGUUCCUCUUUUGUUUUUCGGGUGUAUGUUGUUCUUGUUGUUGGCAUCGUUGCGCGGUCGUUGGAUUUGGCGUUGAACAUGGCUAGGUGGAAAUAGGACCGGUUUUGCGCGGUGAAACCUCCGAGUAGUUCUCGCUCCGCCCUUGUGCACUUGCUGUAUCGACUGUCUCGUUGUUGUGGUUAAGAUCAGAGCACCGCGUAGAAGUGGUGUUGUUUGUCGUUGUUACAAAUCAUGGCGAGGAAAGCCAUGGAGUUGUCGGGAAGUUCAAAUUAUAACCAGUGAUUUUGGAGGGCUCCCUCGAAAAACUUGUUGUCAUUUUCUUCUUUCUUGUUGUCGUUUUCUUUCACAGGCAAACGUGGGUCCAGUGUUCUACAUCUUUGUGGGGGAGUCAUGCAUGUUGUUCUUGUUUUCACUUUUUAACCACGACCACUGCAGCGCCAUUCUCACACCUCCAGGGCGUGGAGUGCAGUUGACCUGGACUGAAGGAAAACCGACGAUGACCUCUCCCGGUCUUCGAGAGUGUUCCAAGGUAGCAUCUUCAGAUUUAGUUUAA